GAUUUAUUCUUGACUUAAUAAAGUGAUAGAUUGAGCUGCUUAUCCUUUUUUUUCCCUUUUUGAUUAUCUUUAGCGAAUGUAACAAUGGGCUCAAACUAUUCCAAUUUAAAGCAUCAACUUUCACCCAAAAAAGUACCUAAACAUCUUAGACCAACCAAAAAAAAAGCAGCACAUAAACAAAAGUCCACACACAAAGAAGCGCCAGCUCAGGCAGUCAAAAAGGCUUUUGUAAAAGUGACAGUACAAAACGAAGAUAAUAUUACAACAGAGGAAGAGACAGUGUUGGUUGGAACAGGCCCGCGUGGCGCGUUUCGAUGGUUCAAAGGCCGUCGAUACCUGAACUAUGUCACAGAGGAUGGUUCUAUAGGCACAGGCAUUUUACCGAACGAUCAAUUAGAGUUGGACAGAAUAAGAGUCCUUUCAUUCAUUAUUCGCUGGGCAUUUAAAGGGACUGUGCUUGCCCCUGUAGAAAGAAAGCUGAAAAGCGGGAUUCAAGUUUUAAGCGUAGGAUAUGGACCUGGGAUUUGGAGUGGUCAUCAUAUAAUGGAUAUGGCUAUCGAUUUUCCACAGUCCCAAUUUACAGUGAUUGAUGUUGCAGAUCUACUACCAGCAGAUUUCGAAGAAAUCACUACAGAUGAGAAAGACGUAUUUGGGCAUAAAAAUAACUCGAGUCUGUUCACACCAAUACAUCCGAACUUACCAAAGAAGUUUCAAGAAACAAAUUCACGGUUAGAAUCUGACCUUUCAUUGGACAGCAAUAGCAGUUUUAGUAACGUAUUACUAUCCCGCGUAGAUGACACGUACGAUUCCGACUGUACACAAGAAGUAAUGGAUGACGAUCUUUCCCCGCCCAAACAUCGUAAAUUACUACGGAAUCUCGAUUUUUAUCAAACCAAUGUGGUUGAUGGAGGAUUGCCAUUUCCAGAUGAUCAGUUUGACUUUGUGAAGCAACGAUUAGUUACAGCCUCGUUUACACUUGCCGAUUGGAAACGCGUGAUAGAAGAAUUGGUUCGUGUAACCAAACCUGGCGGAUAUAUUCAAUUGCUGGAAAUAGACUACAAUACGUUUAAUCUAGGACCCAAUGGCAAAGCCUGGGAAUUACAAUUGUUGCAGACAGCUCGAGAAAAACGGAACAUGGAACCAAGAAUGGCCCUUUAUUUACCAGAUAUGUUGAAAUCAGCUGGAUUGAUCGAUGUGUCUUCAAAGCUUGUUUCUAUUCCCCUUGGAUCAUGGGGUCUAGAUCUUGGUUCACUUUGGAAGCACAAUAUGGAAAUGUUUGCGGAUUCAUCAUCCCCCUUGCUGAGCAAGUUGGUUGGUAUAUCUGAAUCCGAAUACAGGCGUCGAUGGCGUGAUAUGUUUGAAGAAGUGAAAGACAAAAAGGCUUUCAGUAACAUUCAUGCUGCCUGGGGUCAAAAACCAUUAAAAAAAUAAACCGCGAUCGAUUGAGUGAUCGUAAUUGGCCCGACUCCCCUUUUCUAAAAUAACUAUGUGAACCUCCUCUUUAUUGUUAUUCAAUUUGUUUGUAGUAACCAAACCGUUUUUUAUGUAACCAUGACAAUAAACUUUUUUAUUCCUUCUCCUGACAUGGUAACACGAUUAUUCUGAGACGGAUGGUCCUGAAAAUGUGGAGAAUUAAUUAUUUAUAA